AUGGACCAGCUAUGCGACGAGAUCUUGCAGCUCGUCCUGAACGAGCUCAGCAACCCCGCCCCCCUCACCGUGGUCUCCAAACGUAUCAAAGACUUCUCGAAUGAUCCUUAUGUCCGGGCUAUGUACUUCCUCGCUCGCUAUGGGCGAAUGCAAGCACUCUUCUGGGCACUUGGGAGGGGCAAGCUGUUGAACGAGCGGGUACUCGAUAUCAUGAUGCGCAGCGGCGCACAUCUUUCUCGCUAUCUGGCGCAAUGCGCGGUACAUCACUACUGCCGAACACAGAUACCUUUCAUCAAGGCGAAAUGGGUGCGAACAUUGUCCUAUCCCGUUUUUGUGCAUUUCCAGUACAUCGCGGCUACGAUGCACGGAGAUAUACCGGUCGCCAAGGGUGAAGACGAUGGCACGCUCUUGACUCUGUAUCUCAAGCAGAGCAGAUUCCCGACGGAAUACCGAGCGGCGAAGUGGGAGCAGGUGAGAGACGUAAUAGAAAAAUACAAGUUUAUUCCAUUUUCGGAUAAGGAUCCGAUGAUGGCACAAUUUCCUCUCGUGUUGGCCAUUGAGCCACGCUUGCUGCCAUUAGCGCGACAAAACGGUUUCAGCAUGGAUCGCAAAUACCGUAAUUUUGUGUUCCGAAGAAUGUUUGAGAAGCCGGCGAUCAUGUUUGAAUCCCGAGCGGACGAAAUAGUCCACAACGUACGCGAACUCUCGCGCUUGGACCCUGAGAUGUUCCUCAGUCGGACCGUCGCUGCCGAGAUCUGUAUGGAAGCGAAGUCGAAUGAGCCUGCCUACUCAGCGCUAAAACGCCUUGACAAGGAAGACGUAUUGCGCUUCGAGCUCUCGUACGUGACCGCACCACUUCACCUCUUCUUGAACACGCGGUCCUUGACCUCGAUUCACACCGCGGCCGUGCUGCGUGUGCUCUACAAAGACUUCCCUUCCGAGGAUCCUGUCGUCCGAUUGGUUCUUCUGCUCACUACCUUCCUAUCCGAACCCGCCCCGCCCACCCAUCUCCCUGCGAGUCUUACUCUUUCGUCCUCAAGCUCAGAAACCCGAGGAAUCGUCGCCCGUUACGUGCGAACGUGUCACGAGGAGAUAGAGGAUCUCAGUCUCAACCCGCUCACACGCAAAGACAUCACAGACAUUCUCCUCAGCAAGUUUGUACCCGACCGUUUCGUCGGCAUCCUCCAAUAUGCUCGUGUCAUGAUGAAGCUGAACGACGAUGAGAUGCGCAGCUUGGUUACUGACGUCGCGACAAGCUGCCUAGAGAUCGGAUGCAAGGGCCGCAUGAUCGACAAGCUCGUCGACGCCUAUCCUUUCCUCUAUGAGCAUCUAGCUGUUCAUAUCCUGAAGAACUAUCGCGUCAACCUUGAGGACUUGCCUCCUGUAGACGAUGACGAAGCCAUCAAGCGCUACAGCGCGCCGCUUUGCGCAGAUUUCGGGAUCCUUCGGAGAACCAAUCCGUGGAUGUUUGAAGAUCCGCCUCCUAUCAUCUCUGCCGAUGCUCCUCAACCACCUCAAACUCCGGAAGGCAACCAAAUGGACGUACAGGGAGAUGCGGAAGGUGCUGACUCUGAAGAUGGCGAUGAUGCUGCUGUUGACAGCGACGGUGACGAAGAGGAACUGGGUGCAAUUGGCCAGGACUCCCUUUCUGCUAUGAUUCGCAAGGAUGAUCUAGCGCCCAUACGUCGUCGCCGGUUUCAGGAGCUGUACAACACAUAUCACGAUAGCAUCAACAAGCUUCCUUAUCCAGCUGAUUACACCCAGGUUGGCAAUUGGCUACAGAAGAAGUACGGGCAACUUCACGCAGUAUCUGCCGUUGUCAAGCUUCAUGCAGUGAUCAAUCAGAACCAUACCGUGUUGAACAACCACCUGUACACUGCGUCUACCCCCGAUGGCGAUGGGAAUCUCACUCGUGUGCCGACCACGCUGAAGCAUUUCAAGAUCCUCGCACGGCUCGGACACAUGCCUAGCCCAGGCAUGUACGAGAACAUCGAGCACGGCACGGAGUUCUACUUCAGCGAGGAGGACUAUCUCAGCCCAGAAGAGCUCAACGGAACCGUGGUCCCCUUAGCCCUGGACCAUUCGCGUAAUGACAACGGCAAGGCCCGUGCGGAUGGGAGGGCGAAGUUUAAUCGGUCUCCCGCGGUGAAAUGCGAGUCGAGUCCGGCCCCCGGGCCGUCAUCCGGCGCCACCCUGAUCUUGACGUCUGUGUUAGCUGGCUCUUCCACUUCGCGACGCGCGGUCCCGGAUAUCCAGGCGGAGGUGAAACCAGAAGCUUACUCUAAUUCAACUCCGAGUGGGAGCAAGAAGCGGCCACGGCGAAGCACCGCCAAGGCGAAGUCAUACGUGGUGCCCGACAGUGAUGAUGAGGAUAUCAUCAUGGAGGACUAUCGCGGGUCGGCCUCGCUCAAGCGCUUCGCGGAGAAGCGGCGCGUGGAGACCAACCUGCAGCGUUGGAUAAAGCAUCUCGCCGUGAUCCUGAAGGAGGAGCAGAGGAAGUUCAAUGACAGAAAACGCCGACUUCACGCGGCCUCACCCCCUGGCAUUAAGGUCAAGGUGCCCAAGACCGAGUUCCACAGAUCUCUGGCGAGCAACUUGCCGCGUCUGCGUCGCAUAGACAAGACGAAGCGCGAGAAGUUGUACGGCGCAGAUGUCGCAGACGAGGACUACAGCGACAGUGAUGUCGACGAGGAGUAUCGGUCGUGGCGCCCGAAGCGGUGCAGGACUUCACUCUGA